GCCACGAUUGCGACAUGUUAGAAUGAAAGUUGCAGCUAGCGUACAUGUGACUGGGUUGCCUUAUUGGAAGCUUAAUUGACUGGUUUUUGUUUUAAUCAGACAGGUCAUUUGGAAUAAAAAUAAAAUAUGUUGCGUCCUUUUAGAAAAAUUAUUUUAACGGGAGUCAGCAAAAACAACUGCAGGCUUUUUUCGCUGUCACAAAACUACUGGAAUACAAACAACAAGGGCCUUGUCCUUGGUGUUUAUGAAAAAGAAAAGGAAGAUGGCAGUCUGCAGUUCACAGAAGCAGGGGAGACCUUUGACAGAUCUGUGUCAGGAAAGCUUAGAGAACUUCUCUCUAUAUCUGGACCAGCCCUGAAAAAGGGUAAAAGCCGACUCUUUUAUGGUGUACACAAGGAGUUUCCAAGUGUGGUGGUCGUUGGCCUCGGAAAAACUUCAGCCGGUGUUUGCAAUCAGGAGAACUGGGAUACUGGCAGAGAGAAUAUCCGAGCAGCAGUGUCUGUUGGAUGCAGGCAACUCCAGGAUCUGGAGAUUCCUGAGGUGGAGGUGGAUCCUUGUGGAGACCCCCAGUCUGCUGCAGAGGGGGCUGUUCUGGGACUCUUCGAAUAUGACGAGCUGAAGCAGAAGAAGAAAACCGUGGUCAAAACGCAGCUACAUGGAAGCGCUGACAGAGAAGCCUGGGGGAAAGGGUUACUUUACGCUGAAGGACAAAAUCUGGCCCGACAUUUGAUGGAGGGACCAGCCAACUACAUCACGCCAACAUGCUUUGCAGAGACAAUACAGAAAAGACUUCAAUCCGUGUCUGACAAGGUCACUGUGCACAUCAGGCCCAAGUCCUGGAUCGAAGACCAUCAAAUGAGUGCCUUUCUGAGUGUGUCAAAAGGCUCGGAUGAACCCCCUGUGUUCCUGGAAAUCCAGUACAAUGGGAGUGCCCACGCAAGUCUACCACCCCUCGUCCUGGUGGGAAAGGGAGUAACCUUUGAUAGUGGUGGAAUUUCACUGAAGCCCUCUUCGGGUAUGGAUGCCAUGAGAGCUGACAUGGGAGGUGCAGCCACUGUGUGUGCAGCGAUCGUCACAGCGGCAGCUUUAAAACUCCCACUUAACAUUGUAGGUUUGGCUCCUUUAUGUGAAAACAUGCCCAAUGGCUGUGCAAACAAGCCUGGUGACGUAGUGAGGGCAAAGAAUGGAAAAACAAUCCAGAUUGACAACACUGAUGCAGAAGGCCGCUUGAUAUUGGCAGACGCUCUCUGCUAUGCACAUAGCUUCAACCCCAAAGCCAUUGUGAAUGCUGCAACUUUAACAGGUGCCAUGGAUGUUGCCUUGGGAUCUGCUGCAGCUGGUGUCUUUACUAAUUCAGAUUGGCUAUGGAAUCACCUUAACCAGGCCAGUGUUGUGACUGGAGAUAGAGUGUGGAGGAUGCCUCUUUACCAGCAUUACACCCGGCAAGUCACAGAGUCCCAGCUGGCAGACCUCAACAAUGUUGGAAAAUACAGCAGAUCUGGAGGUGCUUGCACUGCUGCUGCUUUCCUGAAGGAGUUUGUGACGGCGCCGCACUGGGCACACCUCGAUAUAGCCGGAGUCAUGUCCAACAAAGAUGAAGUUCCCUAUCUGCGCAAAGGCAUGUCUGGAAGGCCCACAAGAACACUGGUGGAAUUUGCAGCUCGUUUGAGUAAAGAUGUGUAAAAAUACUGUAAAUGUUUUUUUGUUUUUUUUUCUAAUUUUACUUUGAUCAAAAUUACAAAGAAUCUUGGAAUAAAAAAUAGAUACUGUAA